UGUUCCGUGACAAGAGACACCAGCACUUCUCAGACACGAUGGCAGUUCCCCUUACUGAUUAUCCAUUUUCCACGUUACCACCAAUUUUACAGACUGCAAUGAUUUACUAUCCGAUUAUAGCAGUGUUUGGAAUUCCAGCUAACGUGAUAACUAUUGUGAUCCUCUGCCAAGGAAAAUGUGGUCUGUCCAGAUGUAUUACCAGUUACCUGGUUGCAAUGGCUUCAGCAGACCUACUGGUUCUUAUCACUGACGUGGUAUUUUGGCGGAUUAAAGAUUUUUAUUUCCCAAAUACAUUCCUAUUACAUACGAAUGUGUGUCCUUUUAACUACUUCCUGGCUCGUGCAGCCACAGACAUAUCUGUCUGGUUAACAGUCGCUUUCACUUUUGAUCGUUUUAUUACCAUCUGCUGCCAGAAGCUGAGGACAAAUUAUUGUUCUAAAAAAAUUGCAAAAGUGGUUAUAGGAUCAGUCUGUCUGCUGCUCUGCUCAAAAAACAUUCCCUUCUGCUUUGCAUUUGGCCCAUACUAUAUCAUUGACAAUGUAGCCUGGGGAUGCAAAUUUAAAAUGGAAUAUUACACUGAAGCAGCAUGGGUCGCAUUUACCUGGACUGACCGCUCUUUAAAUCCCUUGCUGCCAGCUUUUCUGAUCAUUCUGCUCAAUGCUCGAACAGUGGGAUCCAUUUUCACAGCUAGCAAAAUCCGCAGGAAGCUGAGAGAAAGUAAGAAUGAUGCAGAUCGGAAUGAUCCAGAGAUGGAGAAUCGAAGGAAAUCCAUUACUUUACUCUUCACUCUCUCUGGAAACUUUCUACUGUUAUGGAUGACGUUUGUAAUAUUUUUUGUAGUAAUGCGUAUUAAAAAACAUUAUUAUGCAACAGGCUUUGAAGACCCAAUGUACAUCACGGACUACAUCAGUUUCAUGCUUCUUCUCUUGAGCACCUGCACAAACACGUGUAUUUAUGCAGUGACCCAGACCAAGUUCAGAGAGGAGCUCAAGAAUGGGAUAAAAUAUGCUGUCCAAAUAGUAUGUGUAUUAUUAAAGCACAGCUCAUAA